AUGCCAGCAACAGCAGACUCCCAGCCACACCUGGCAUGGGAAACAAGCUCCUCAAGCACCAACCGCACCGUCUCCGACCGCCUCCCCCCAGAAGUCGCUGCAUGCCUCGAGAACGCCCGCUUCCUCCAUCUCGCAACCUGCAACAACAAUGAACCCCACGUCUCACUAAUGAACUACACCUACCUCCCCCCGGACGCGCGACCCCCACCUCAACUCCAACAAGGACAACAACAAACCCUCGAACUCCCCCGCGGCCCGACAAUCAUCAUGACAUCCAACCCCUCCUCCAAGAAAACCCUCAACCUCCUGCAGAACCCUAAUGUCAGCCUCCUCGUACACGACUGGGUCAGCACGCGGCCACCGAACAUCACUUCAACCGGCAGUGGCGGCGCAGGGCGACGCGAACGCAGUCCAGGCGGCGGACGCGCGAGUUCGCUAGCAAACAUGCUGAUGCAGAUGAACAGCGCCGCCGUCUCGAGCAUUUCAGCCACGAUCAAUGGCGAGGCGCGCGUGCUGGAGCCCGGCACGGCGGAGGAGAGGUGGUGUAGAGAGCAGCAUUUGCUCAAUAAUACCUUCUCGGGGCAGGAGGAUACUGGAGGGUUUGGGACGAGUCCGGCUGAUGGUCGGGCGGGCGACGGCGGGCGAGGGAGUUAUAUCGAAGACGAGGAGGUGAGGGUUGUCGUGGUGAAGAUUAAAGAUGGGCGGAUUAGCGAUUGGAAGGGUGGAGUGAAGGACUGGGUGAUUCAAGAUGCCGGUGCGGAGAGCUUGGUCAACGGGGUGGACGGGAACGCGUGA